AUGCAGGGCGUCGUACGAGCCGGUGCGCGCGCAGCAGCACGCUCGUCCCGCCAGAUAGUUGCGGCUUCUGGUCGUAGGCACCUUCCUCGCGCCCUUGUCGCCAGCACCACCCCGAGCCGCCUGUACACCACCGGCGACGGCCAGAAGUCGUCCGUAUACGCCGCCUUCCUCAACUUGCUUGCCAGCGCCAGCUCCCGCCGCGAAGUCGACCAGUACCUCGGCCAGUUCCGCUCCGUCAAGCCGCACCAGUUCGCUGUCGUCAAGGUCGGCGGCGCCAUCCUCACAGACCACCUCGACGAGCUAUGCUUUGCCCUGCAGCAGCUGCAUGCCAUUGGCCUGUACCCCAUCAUUGUCCAUGGCGCCGGUCCCCAGAUGAACCAGACGCUGCUGGACUCUGGUGUCGAGCCCGACUUCAUUGACGGGAUCAGAGUCACAGACAAGAAGACGCUGGGCAUUGCGCGCAAGCUCUUCUUGGAGGCCAACAUGGACCUUGUCAUGACGCUCAAGCGGAACUGGGGGGUUCCUGCCCGUCCCAUCACCGCUGGGGCUCUACAGGCAGACUACCUCGACAAGGAGAAGUGGAAGUACGUGGGCAACAUCACCAAGAUCAACCCUCGCGCGAUCAUGGACGCUAUCGAGAACAAGGAGCUGCCUAUCCUCUGCUCCAUGGCCGAGACCGAGGACGGCCAGAUCCUGAACGUCAACGCUGACGUCGUCGCUGCCGCCCUUGCGCGCCAGUUCGAGCCCAUGAAGGUCAUCUACUUGUCCGAGAAGGGUGGUCUGUUCAACGCCGAGACCGGCAAGCUGAUCUCCCACAUCAACCUGGAGGGCGAGUACGACAGCUACCUCAAGCAGCCCUGGGUCAGGUACGGCACCAAGCUGAAGAUUGUCGAGGCUAAGAAGCUCUUGGACGGCCUCCCUCGUACAUCCAGUGUCGCUAUCACCCACCCGCAGAACCUCGGAAAGGAGCUGUUCACACACACUGGAGGCGGCACCCUGAUCCGCAACGGUGGCAGCGUGAAGGAGGUCAGCAAGUUUGAGGAUCUGGACAUUGAAGCGCUCUCUCAGGCGUUGGCUCGGGAACACGGUGGCGCUGAGGCCGCCAACGGCGUUAAGCAGUACGUCGAUAACCUCAAGAGCCGUCCAUUCGAGGCCUUCUUCGACGAUGCCAUGGGCGUUGUGGCCAUUGUUUACCCUCCAGGCAAAGAUGGUGAAUUUGCCCAGCUCUCUACUUUCACCACUACCAAGGACGCUUUCCUUACCAACGUGUCCGACCUCGUGUUCGAGCGCAUGAAGCAAAAGUACCCCAAGAUGUACUGGGUUGUGGAGAGCCAAGAGCAGAACCUUAUCAAGUGGAACUUGGAGAAGACUGACGGCUUCCUCCGCCGCGAGAAGGAGAUCUUCUGUUGGUGGGGAUCAGCAGAGUCUUCCGAGAUCUUCGGUCUUUUGGAGAACUACUCGAAGCAGGGCCGCUCCAUUCUCAAGGACAGCCUUGAGUCGCAGUUCAGGAGAGCCGCAGACUUCGUUGCAGGCCUGAAGCAGGGUCAGCAGGCUCGCAGCUACUCAACCGUUGCUGGCUCGCGAACAAUGGGUCAGUCUGCCAGGCCGUCGUUGAGGCAGAGCAAGAUCGCCUCUACUGCAUCGCGCGGCUUUGCUACAUCCGCCUCGCGUUCCCAGGAGUCCACCAACCCCAAUCCGCCAUACGGCAACAAGUUCGCGAGCAAGGACUACCCCUCAAAGGUCGCUCUUAUUGGUGCUCGUGGGUACACAGGCCAGGCGCUGAUCGAUUUGCUGAACAAGCACCCUAACAUGGAUCUGCGUCAUGUUUCGUCCCGUGAGCUCAAGGGUCAAGCACUUGAGGGUUACACCAAACGCCAGAUCACAUACGAGAACCUGUCUCCCGAUGAUGUCGAGGCGCUGGCCAAAAAGGGCGAGGUUGACUGCUGGGUCAUGGCCCUGCCCAACGGUGUCUGCAAGCCUUUCGUAGAAGCCAUCGAGCGAUCCGGCAACACGCAGUCUGUUAUUGUAGACCUUAGCGCAGACUACCGAUUCGAUGACAAGUGGACCUACGGUCUUCCUGAGUUGGUUCCCCGCCGCAAGCUCGAUGGUGCUACACGGAUAGCGAACCCUGGCUGCUACGCAACCGCCGCUCAGCUCGGUAUCUCACCACUUCUUGAGUUCAUCGGUGGACAGCCUACUGUCUUCGGUGUCUCUGGCUACUCCGGAGCAGGCACCAAGCCCAGCCCCAAGAAUGACGUGAACAACCUCACCAACAACCUGAUCCCUUACAGCUUGGUCGACCACAUUCACGAGAAAGAGAUCUCGAGGCAACUCGGCACCGAGGUAGCGUUCAUUCCUCACGUCGCUGUCUGGUUCCAGGGUAUCCACCACACGAUCUCCAUCCCUCUCAAUCGCACCAUGACCUCGCGCGACAUUCGCAACCUGUACCAGGAUCGUUACGCCGGCGAGAAGCUCGUCAAGAUUGUCGGCGAGUCGCCACUCGUCAAGGACAUCUCGGGCAAGCACGGUGUUGAGAUCGGUGGCUUUGCUGUUCACAGCUCCGGAAAGCGCGUCGUUAUCAACGCUACAAUUGACAACCUGCUCAAGGGCGCGGCGACACAGUGUCUGCAAAACAUGAACUUGGCUCUCGGUUAUGCCGAGUACGAGGGUAUCCCGUACUAG